AUGUCAGAGCUCUCUCGUUCUCAAGCUGAGCAAAGGCAAACUCAGCUCGAUGCUUUGAGACAGUGUCCGCCAUUUGGAGACGCCUGUCCCGCUCAUGUUCGAGAUCGCCGCGUAACCCUUGUGUUACGCUAUCAAAGAAGCUCUCGGGAACACACGGAUCCCGACGAUCGUGUGGAGAGCGUCUUUCCUCCUCCUCCACCUCCAUUAGAGGACUCUCGCGGUGGCCAGCGCUAUCUGGUUGAGCAGAUGUUGAACCACCGCGACGUGAACGGACGUCGGACGAGUUAUCUCGUCCGGUGGCGCGGCUAUCCCCCGUCCUGGGAUACUUGGAGCCCCGCUCCCAACUGA